UUCCACCCCCAUCACCCCCCACCCCCUCCUUCAUAUGUGUCUCACCGCUCGGCAGACCGUGAUGGAGGAAUUGAGCUAGACAAUCUGUCAGUUAAAGCGACUGCAUGGAUGUAUACACAGUGGUAAGAACGUAUUCCAGCACAGUGCAUCAAGAAAGCCGUUCCCAGAGAAGACAUUCAUCAACCGUCCUCCCCUCGCCAUUCCAAAGUGCUCCGAUUGACACUUGUGACACUUCUGGCACUUGAGUCUUCUCUUGCCCGUCAGGGUCAACAAGCUCUUGGCUGCCUUAUUUUCAGCAUGUGACUCUGCAAUUUCCAUACGAACUGUUCUCUUAAGCCAGACUUAAUUAUUCUACAACAUAAUUGCCUUUUUUUAUAACAAAGCAGCAAGCAUUAAAUCAGGUCUCAAGCUGAAAUACGUUUAUCAGCUUUAAUUUUUUUGUGCGUUUUUUUUGCUUUUUUUCGGGGGAGCAGGGAUUUAUGGAUCCAUCAUUGAGGACGUCUGAGUAAAGUUGGUGGAAAAACAUUUUCAGUAAUAAAGAGAAAGAAGAUUCCAUUACCAACCCCCCCCCUCAACCUUCAGGAAUGAGUUCGGUGUUUCUAUCACCAACGCUGAAGACUGGAAAGAGAACCAGUUCCCCAGCCAAGACAAACAGCUGACUAAAAGAUUCCUUGGAGUCUUAUGCCAUUUGUGAUUAAACAUUAUUAACCUGUCUAUAAAGUUAACUAUUUGAUUAAUCCCAAGGAGUUCUCUACUUCAUUUUCAUCAUGUUGGAAAAGCGAGGUGGAACAGCACCCCAAGCUGCAGGAGGCAUCGCCCAUUUGAGUUUGUUGUGAUGCCAUAAUGAGCAGUGCCACUGGACUCUGAGUACUGAACACAGAGAUCAGGCAGAGCUGGGAGCCGUGUGUCAACCCACCUGCCAAAUACCCAAGUACUUUCUUUUUUUUUUUCAAUUCUCCAUGCCUGCAUGCGGCGCAGAGAUGCCCUAUAAAACUGCCAGCUGUUGUUGAGAAGGAGGCCGAAGAGGAGAACGGGAGGACAGGAAAUGUCCGAGUGCUUGACAGAAUGCAAGGCGCUGGUGACUCCGUCCACGCGCAACGGUCACCGCGUCUUCAGCUACACGCUGAAGAGCCACACAUCGGCCGCCUUCGCCAUCAUGAACGAGCUGCGCCUGGAGCGGCAGCUGUGCGACGUCACGCUGCGCGUGCGCUACAAGGACCUGGAGGCGGUGGACUUUGUGGCUCACAAGGUGGUGUUGGCCUCCUCGUCCCCCGUCUUCCGUGCCAUGUUCACCAACGGCCUGAAGGAGUGCGGGAUGGAGCUGGUUCCCAUAGAAGGAAUUCACCCCAGGGUCAUGGACAGAUUGAUAGAGUUUGCCUACACAGCCAGCAUCUCUGUGGGUGAGAAGUGUGUCAUCCAUGUCAUGAAUGGCGCCGUCAUGUACCAGAUAGACAGCGUGGUCAAGGCCUGCUGUGAUUUCCUCGUCCAACAGCUGGACCCCAGCAACGCCAUUGGCAUUGCCAGCUUUGCUGAGCAGAUCGGCUGCACAGAACUCCACCAGAAAGCUAGAGAAUACAUCUAUAUGAACUUCAGCCAGGUAGCAACCCAAGAAGAGUUCUUCAACCUGUCCCACUGCCAGCUGGUCAACCUCAUCAGCCGCGACGAGCUCAACGUACGUUGCGAAUCUGAGGUCUUCCAGGCCUGCGUGGCCUGGGUGCGCUACGACCGAGAGAACCGGCGUCCAUACGUCCAAGCCUUACUCCAGGCCGUCCGCUGCCAUUCCCUCACCCCCAACUUCCUGCAGGCCCAGCUCCAGUCGUUGGACUGGGACCCGCAGUGUAAAGACUACCUGGCCCAAAUCUUCCAGGACCUCACCCUCCACAAACCCACCAAAGUCAUAUCUUGCAGAACUCCCAAGGUGCCACAGCUCAUCUACACUGCCGGGGGGUACUUCCGGCAGUCCCUCAGCUACCUGGAGGCCUACAAUCCAUGCAGUGGAUCCUGGCUGAGGCUGGCCGACCUGCAGGUGCCCCGCAGUGGCCUGGCCGCCUGUGUGAUCAGCGGGCUUUUCUAUGCCGUCGGUGGCAGGAACAACGCGCCGGAUGGCAACAUGGACUCGAACGCUCUGGACUGCUAUAAUCCCAUGAACAAUUGCUGGCUUCCGUGCGCACCGAUGAGCGUACCCAGGAACCGAAUCGGGGUCGGUGUCAUCGAUGGCAUGAUAUACGCCGUCGGUGGUUCACAUGGGUGUAUUCAUCAUAACAGCGUGGAAAGGUAUGAUCCAGAGAAGGACCAGUGGCAGCUGGUGGCUCCAAUGUUAACGCGGCGUAUCGGUGUGGGCGUCGCCGUCAUCAACCGACUUCUCUAUGCUGUGGGGGGGUUCGAUGGCUCCAACCGGCUCAGCUCCUGCGAAAGCUACAACCCUGAGAGGGAUGAGUGGAGGACCAUGGCCUCCAUGAAUACCGUGCGGUCUGGAGCUGGUGUGUGCUCCCUGGGCAAUCAGAUCUUUGUGAUGGGUGGAUACGACGGCACCAACCAGUUGAACACAGUUGAGCGCUACGAUGUGGAAACCGACACGUGGAGCUUCGCUGCCUCCAUGAGGCACAGGCGCAGCGCUUUGGGAGUCACCGCCCUACACGGUCGCAUCUAUGUGUUGGGGGGUUAUGACGGUAAUACUUUCCUGGACAGCGUGGAGUGCUACGACCCCGAGAAGGACACGUGGUCCGAGGUGACGCACAUGACUUCGGGGCGGAGCGGCGUGGGCGUGGCCGUUACCAUGGAGCCCUGCCAAAAGGACCUGCCGCAGGUCCAGAAGCCUGAGAGGGAGAGGGCAGCGGCUUCACCGUCUGGUCAGGCCGCCAGCUCAGGUUUGCACCACAACGGACCCUUUGACAAAGGCACAUGAAGUCCAGUCUCACUCCAAAACUCAGCUCUGUCCAAAGGAGGACAGACUCGAGCGGGGGACGCCACAUCCUGCCUCACCCACUCUAGACGCUAAGUUCCAGCACCAGUAGUGUUGUUUUCUCCGACCACCACUGAUAUUCUAUCAUGAGGUGACAAGAACUCUAUCCAAUGUUUAAUACGAGCCCUUCCCCCAGACAAUUCAGAUCUCAAACAUGACGUCCAAAUCAUUUGUAAGUGGUGGGGCGUUUCAAAAGCCCUCAGACCGUCUUUUAUCAGGAAAGAGCUGCAAACUAAGGAAAUCCUUCUACUGGCUCAAAGAGUCAUCAGGGUGUCUUUUUUUUUUUCAUGUGAACUUCCUCCGGGUAAGAAUUCUGAAAUGAUGGCAACAAAAGUAGCAUUUGUCUGUACAGAUUUCAAAGUGCCAUUAUAGUGCCUCUGUGGGCAUUAUUGUUAUCAGUAUGUUAUCACGGGGUCUAUAUGUUACAGAUUAGAAAUCAGAUGGUCACAGGAAGAACCUUCUGUUGGACAAUGGGCUUCAUGAAAGAACUUUUUUAUUUCAAACCUUUAGCUUACUUUUGCGAGUUAGUGUUUGGGGUUUUUUUUAUAAUCCAAAAGAAGCUUCCCUCAGUACAUGACCAUAACACAGGGUUGGCUCUCUGAGGAAUCUGCCACUCAGCUGUUGGUCCACUGAACGCUCCCCGCUAAAACCAGCAGUCCCACCGUACAUUCCAGCGACACGAUGGCUAAAAUGUUUUGGUUUGAAUUAGCAACUGACGGCGAUAGUACGCUUCUUUGUAAUUUGAUUCUCAAAAGAAAAAACAAGUGGGAAAAUGAUGAUAACCCUGUGUUUUUAUUGGCGUCACUAACCUCAAACAUUUCCAGCCGAAGUUGUAAAGUAGCUACGUCUAAUUGUUACUGUAAGAGCAAAUCUGUGUAGUUCUUGCAUGAAGCCCAUCGUGUCGGUACAAUAGAUGCAGGAAGUUAAACAAACCACAAGCGCACCUUUUCACUAGUAUUUACUUUAAAGUUUUUUUUUUAAAUGUGACAUUUUUGGAAAAAGUAAACUCCCUGAGAAUCUGGGUGUUAGUUGAAAUGAAGAAAUUAGUUUUUUUUCUGUUUAAUUAUACUGUAGCUUUUGAAAAAACCUGGAUUCAGACUUCUGACUUUUUUGUUUUGUUCUGUGUUGUUUUUUUUUUUUAAGGACACUAACAGAAGACAAAACGGCCCCACCAGCUGUUGAUGUAUUUUAUAUCAUUUUAGUUUUUUGGGGGGGUUUUCAUAUCUAAGAGACCUCAGAUACAGAAGUGACCACGUUCGUGCGUUAGUGUUCAAAUACUGUAUACUAAUGGCACUCUUGCUUAAAUGUAUUUGUAACAGUAGUUUAAGCUACAGAAGUUUUUAAAAAGAUGUUUUGUACAUUGGUAACCUAAGAAGUCUUGUACAGAAUUCUGGAGUUCAUUUUUUUAUUUUUUUUUCUCGUUGCUUUAAACUGACAUGAACUUUGUUUUCCAUCUGACUGUUGUAGUGUUUUUGAAUAACCAGCAUGCAACGGAACUAAGUGGAAAUGCCUGUUAAUGCUAACUUUGGAUGAUUGGUAUUGGAAAAAAGAUGCUUUUAAAAGAGACUUUUCUCUUUUCUCCAGUCAAUAAUCGAAAUGGAAAUUAGAAUAUUUAAGCCCUGCUUUGUAUAUUUUCUUUUUUUCUCAGCAAAAGAAAAUCCUAUAAAUAUGUUUCUUGUACUGCU